CUCUUAAAUAGAGUAGUCCAUGGCCUGGUUAUAAACUGUAUGUGGUUUUGCUGUUUCGACUUCACGAUUGUUUUCAAUUUUCUAGACAAGAACAGUAACUAGUCAUUUCAGGUUAGAUUUACUGGUGUCGAUGCUUGAUGGUGUCAUGGGAAAGGAGCAGAAUUAAUUUUUGAAUUAAUUUUAAUGACACAGUUUGAGUAUUGACACACUUGAAAAUUGAAGUUUUAAGAAGAAGAAUUCUGGAAGUGAUUGAUAAUAACGUUAUCAUUUCUGUGUUGUUCAGUUCAACGCAAACAAGGAAGAAAACUAUAACAACUUAUAUCCUCAUGCGAUCCGCUGUUAGUGCAAUUUUGUCAUCUCCAGCUCCUGAGUCAAAUAUGUCUCACCCAGAUUAUAGACAAACAGCCCAUGAUCAUGCUUCCUUAUUAAUUAUGGUGAGGCAUCUUGGGUCAAAGCUCAACACCAGAAACUUUUCUAGACUCUAUGAACGAAUAUCAAGGCAAAACAGUUUUAGGAUUAAAGAUAGCUCAGGAAGUGUGAGAAAUAUUUCAGCCCGCUAUGUAAGAUCCUAUCCUAUUGAAAACAACGAAUGGGGAGAUUUCCAGACCUUGGAAUUUAGACCCAUCGUAGAGUUCUUGGCCUUAUUUGUGUUGGUGAAUGCUCAAACACACAGGAAGUGAGUGAACUGAGCAAAAUUCAUGAAUCUUUAAGAUCAAAAUUCAGUGGAACUUUGUAUGAUUCAUGCUGCCUUUUUCUGGGGCUACAACAUGAUGGUACACCUUAUGUGUCGUCAGUUUCAGAAGCUUCUCCAAACGAGAAACAGCAGCUAGAGCUCUCCAAAGAUCCUGAGCAUUCAACCUUGCCAAUGAAAAAUCACAACACACAGAUAGAAAUACCUUCUUUAACUGAUAAAGAAAGGGCAAUUACUUGUGACAUCAGUCACCAAGAUAGUUUUAAUGAAACAUCAACAUCUACAAACUAUGAUAACAUCAGUAAAGUUGUAUCUCAUCCAUCUCGUACUCUCUAUUAUCCUAGUCUUGACAAAUGUGUCACUCUAGAAGCAGAUUUACAGGAUUUUGUUUCUUCCCUUUUUUGGGUAUUGGAAUCGAAAAGGCUUGUAUCGAUCAGCAACAUCGACAAGGAAAAGCAGCCGUUUUUGUGCGCACCAUUCGAACGAAAGGAUUUAAUUGGAAUGGAUUUAGAAUCUCGAACUCAUCGAAAACGUUGUGUUGGUCGAUGGAGAAAGCAAGUAGGAGAUUUAUCUCUUCAGGCAGGUUUGUUAUCCGAAGCACUUGAACAGUAUCAGGCGGCAGCGGAUGUCCUUAGACCUGCGAAUGAUUGGCUUUGGCUGGCUGGAUCUUUUGAAGGACUUUGCGCUGCAUCGAUCAUACUCUUAUAUCCUCAUCUACGGAGGCCCGUCGCCAUCCAGAGAAACGGGUCGUUAACGGGGGAAGGAUUUAAUAGUCGAAUCAGGUCAAAUUCUUCCGGAGUAGGAGUGCGUUCUCUUCCUCCUGAUAUUGAUUCUAAUCACCAUUUUUUGAAGAAUCGGUUGAAAUUCAAACAUUCCCUUGGACCGGAUGAAGUGAUUGAAAAGUACCAUGAAGCCGUUGUUCAUUACUCCAAGUAUCGCAAUGCAGGAGUUAUAGAAACAGAAGCGUCCAUAAAAGCUGUCCAUGUACUUAUUGAACAGAGGAAAUACCUUUCGGCUGCUGAAUUUUUACAAAAUGUUGUUUUUAUCAACUUACACCUAUCUGAUGAAGAAAAGAUUCAGAGAUUUACUGCCCUUUCAGAACUCUACAGUCAAUUAGGAUUUAAACGGAAAAGCUCAUUUUUCCGCCGCGUGUCCGCAAUGCGUUGUGUUGCCCCAAUGACAACAAUUCAACCCAACUGGACACUUUGUUAUCAGCUUCUUCUUGAGUCUAUUGACGGAUAUAAACUCUCACUGGAUCCUGCAUUGCUAUCUCAUGAACACGCAUGUGGGUGGCACGCGCUUCAAGUUCAAAUUUUACAAGAACUUACCGGGACUGCAAGGCGAUUAGGAAAUGUUCCAUUGGCCAUUCGUCAUGCUUCUUUGCUUGUUCACUUGCUUUUGAUCCAGCAGCAACAAGUUGGUGCUAUUCCAAUAUUGUCAAGCCAAGAGCAAGCCGAAAUGGCUAAGCAGCUUGAUCAGCUAGCACAACGCUCAGAAAUGCCAUUGCAUCCUGGGCCACUUGCUCUAGAAAAUGGCACCAUUAUUCCACCGGUGUCCUUAACUCUUUUACCCAAAAUUGUUCAUUUCAAACUGCAACCACCUGGAGCUGUAUUGGCUGCUCAGAGGCUAAUGCUCGAAGACGAAAUCAACAAUGGCCCCUUUUUGUUUACUCCUAUUCAGUUUGGGUCUUUCAGAAAGCAACCAACAAGAAAAACUCUAGUUGAAAUGGAUUUUCAAUGGGUAGAAGGUGAUCAUUGCGAAGUAUUAAUACAAGUUAUUAAUCCUUCUUCUUAUGAAUUACGCAUUACGAAUAUGCAAUUGUUGACGGAGGAUGUAGAGUUCGAGUCAGAAUCCAGCUGUAUCAUUCUCCCUCCAGCUGUUGAUCAAAAAACAACUCCCACAGUUAUAACUUUGAGUGGCAUUCCACGCAGACCCGGACUUCUCAAAAUUGUAGGCUAUUCAAUGACUGUGCUUGGUUUGAGAAACCACUGCAAAUUGAAAAGUGCUAUGCCAUUAAUGGGCAGUGCUUUUUUUUCUAUUCAUGUGGUCCCUGCUUUACCACGAUUAUCUGUUGAAAUCGCAUCGCCAAAUCAUACUUUAAUGACCAUAUCUGAAUCUCAAUCUGUAGCAACGACUAGUUCAGUACAGUUGUAUGCUGGCCAGAGUACGGAGUGUAAUCUAACUUUGGUUAAUACGAGCAGCGUAUCGGUCGAAUCUUUUGAUUUGGAAUUAGUUCAUGGUAACAAGUUAUCUUCCAGUCAAGUCUUCAGUGUAAGUGUAGAUAAUUUAAAGGCUCAGCUUCCAUGGCAAUCUGGUACAGCCGUAAGUGUCACUGUUUACGUCCAAGGCGCGAGUGAUUUUAUUUUACCAGCUAUCACUGAUUAUCUCUCAAAUCUUCAUUCGGGGGAUGACUCUAACAGUCUCCCAAGCUUAUCAGGUCCACCAUCAAUAUUUUCGCGAUUAAGUAAUCAUACCACAGUUACUUGUUCCCCAAGGAAUAAAGCUAAGCGAGCUGAAUCACUAGUAUCAGUUCGUUCAGGAACAUCUAGUGUCAGAUCCGGAGGAAGUAGCAACCUUCGUAUUAUUGAAUGUCAGGGCAACAACCAUGUUGUUCCUCGCACCGUUGCAGUUCUACUUAAGCUUCAGUAUUCUGGAGGACCUGGAUAUAUUGCAGGAUUUUGCCGAUCAAAUGGCGUCGGUUUAACGGUUGAAAUUUUGCCAUCAGUCAUUAUUACAAAGUGGGAUGUGCUGCCUGCAGAAACUCCUUCGCACUGUUACCUAGUACUCGACAUUCUGAACGCAACCCAACACGAAAUGGAGCUACAGUAUAGCAGUUGCAAACACAUUGCCAUAGAAGCGCUUGAUACGUGUCGUAUUCCAGUACCUGUUGAACGAUGUCCAUUGGUCAAGCUAACCCAUGUUUACACUGAAAAGGACCUGAGUCCAGAACAGCAACUUGAAAAGAUUGCCAGGAUUUGCAGCGAACAUAUUUCCUCCUUAGUUGAGCUAAAGUGGAGCUUAUCUGGCGUCAAUCAAACUUGUACUUCUAUCAAUGAAAACAUUGAACAAAACUCGACUAAAGUAAUAAAAGGCAAAGCUUCGUUGAGUGGCCUGCGCAUAGCUCCAUCUAUGCUGGAUCUUCUACAUAUUCCUCCAAUUCAGCUGGAGGUGGAACUAAACAAUGAAAUAUGGUCAGCUGAAAGAACCGAAUUUAUAUGUGUAGUGGGAGAUGUAUUAAAUGUAACAGUCGGUUUAUUCAAUGCAUUAAGUAAAUUUUUGGGUCCGCUGAAUCUUCAAAUAUCGGUAUAUCAAGAUCUGCAAAAUGGCACGUUUCAUCGGCGAUUAGACACACGCCUGCUUACAAUUGGAUCAGAUCAUGCUGUGCUAGAAAAGAUGGAGCCAAACAGUAACUACAAACAUUGUUGUGGCAUAAUUUUUUUUACACCGGGGACUUACAAGCUGGAUGUUGUCUGCUCACUCAAAAUUUCGACUCAAAAUAGAGAAUCGAAAUCUAAUCUUCCGUAUGAUUCAACUAAUGAACAACAUGUUUGGAAAUUUGUCCCCUCGAUCGAAAUUAUCGUGUCCGAACCAUUAUGAUUCGAAAAAUGAUACAGGCAAAUUUUACAUGUAGUUUUUCAUGUCUCAUUUCAUUAGUUGGCUUGUCCGAAAUACAAAAAAAUUUAAACCA